AUGUCAAAUCCUAAUCCAGUCCACUCCUCAACCAACCUGUUCCGUCGACUAUCAUGGCAGACCUCGAUCUCCAUCUCUGUACGAAUAGCUGAUGGUGAAACCGGCUCAGGGACAGGUGCCGAUAGGUAUUUCAUUCAAGCGCCUCGAUAUUCUUAUUUACCUUUACUCAUCCCUGAAAUACGAGAUAAUCUGGUCGAAUUGGCUUUGGAUGAGAAACAAUUGGGAGAGGUUGAUGAGAAAGAUUGGUGGCUGGAAGAAGAAGUUGAUGAUGAACCUGGUGGAUUCGCUGGACAAGGAGCAUGUAGAUGGCAUUGGCCGAUAGACCUGAUCUCACUGUACUCAUAUAUAUCUAGACCACGUCCAAUACCAUUGACAUCAACAUCCAUAGCCUCUUCUUCUUCUUCGUCAUCUAUAUCUGUAGAACCUAAACAACUCAGACUAUUACUACACUUCUCAAAACCUCCUUCAGAUAAACUACUAAUGCCAAAUAACAUCGAAACAUGUAAAAACCAAUGGUUAAACCAAAUCAAAGAAGCUGAUUUCGUAAGAUGGAGAAAUACAAAUAAAGUGACUAGUCUAAGAAAAACAGAUCUGGAUAAUGGUUGGGAUGGAAUCAUGCAAGACGAUUAUGAUCUUUACCUCAGAAUGGCAGCACGUGUAUUACCUCUUCCACUCUUACCUCCCGCCGGUUCAAAUUUGACUUCUCCGAAUCCUUCAAGACCUCCAUCGACCGACCCAUCAGGAUCGAAUGUCAAGCCUGAAUCAGCCUAUUCGACGAGAGCAAUACCACUGAAAAUAUACCUACCUGACAAUGCCCCUGUAAUUCAGGAAGUUAUACCGCCUUUAGGGACUGACGGGAUACCGACAACCAUCUUAGCUGCACUACAUCAGUAUCUCUCGCUACUCUUUCCCACACGGUCGAAAGAUCCGUACUCAAUGGCAUUUCCAAUUGUUCAAGGUAUAUUGAUACCGCCAGAGUCAGAGCUAGCCUGGCUGUCAGCUUGUAUGUGCGGUGCAGACGGGUGGCUGAGGAUUGGAAUAUGUCUAAGAGCUAAUUGA